AUGCCGUUGACCAGGAGAGUCCGCUUCCCACGGGCCAGGAAGAGGAAGAAGACGAACAAGACGAACGAGACGAACGAGACGAACGAGAGAAUGAACGAGAACAAGACGAACGAGAGAAUGAACAAGACGAACAAGACGAACGAGAGAAUGAACGAGAGAAUGAACCCGCUCUUCGCCACGCUGCCUCCGCUCGACGGGCUGCAGACAGAGACAUCCCGCUCGCAGGCCCAGGUCGCCGCCCGCUGCAUCCCCCUCCUCGCCGGCGAGGCGACUUUCCUCUCCCUGAACGGCCAGGGGGUGCAGCAGCUCGCCCGCCAGCUGCACGUCGACUACCUGCUCGACGCCCUGGGCCAGUAUCCCGCCAGCUUCGUCGGCCUCGACGCCAGCAGGCCGUGGAUGGUCUACUGGGCCCUGGCCGGGCUCGCCCUGCUCGGCCAGGACCUCUCCCUCUUCCGCAGCAGGGUCGCUGCAACGGCGGCACCGAUGCAGAACGGCACAGGGGGCUUUGGCGGCGGACACGGUCAGAUGUCGCACUGCGCUUCGUCCUACGCUCUCACCCUUAGCUUGGCCAUGGUCGGUGGGCCAGAGGCUUUCUCUCUCGUCGACAGGCUCGCCUGCUGGAGAUGGCUGGGACAGUUGAAGCAGGCCGACGGGGGGUUUCAGGUCAGCGUGGGAGGCGAAGAGGAUGUCCGGGGAGCCUACUGCGCCAUGGUGAUGAUUGCCCUGCUGGAUAUACCUCUCGAGUUGCCACCGGAUGCCCCAGCACGGCAGUUUGGACUCGACUCCUUCACCAGCGGCCUGCCAGAGUAUCUCGCCAGGUGCCAGACGUAUGAGGGAGGCUUCUCAGGAAGCCCUGGCACAGAGGCCCACGGCGCAUACACAUACUGCGCACUGGCAUGUCUCUGCAUCUUGGGCCAUCCCCGGGCCAUGAUCAACAGGUAUACCGACCUCCCCUCCUUGGUCUCCUGGCUGUCGGCAAGACAGUAUGCCCCCGAGGGCGGCUUUUCAGGUCGCACAAACAAGCUGGUCGACGGCUGCUACAGCCAUUGGGUCGGAGGAUGCUGGCCGCUCGUCCAGCAGGCCCUGGACGCUGGCUCGCUAUCGGCUCCCCGCAGCCUCUACAGUCGCGAAGGCCUGUCCAGAUAUAUCCUCAACUGCUGCCAGUCGCAGUACGGUGGCCUGCGUGACAAGCCCGGAAAACAUGCGGAUUCCCAUCAUACAUGUUACACGCUGGCCGGAUUGAGUAAUGCACAGCACCAGCACACCAAUACUCACCCCCAGCCUGAACCAGGUGCCGCCAACCAUGACCCCUUCGAAGCCGCGUUUUCAUGGACCUGUUCGCCUGCGCUCGCCGACGGCAGUGAUCCGGACACGGUCUACGAGGAACAGGACCGUCUGACGGCCCUCCACCCUCUCUUCGUCAUCCCGCACGCUGCUGCUGAGGCCAUACGCUCGUUCUGCAGGGCCAAUCCCAUCUCCAUCCCCAGAGAGACCGUCUGA